AUGGAGAUGUGCGGGUGGAAUGUGAAAAUUGCAUCAAGCUUGCAGCAAAUUGAAUCAGAAAAAUUCAACAAGUAUAUCCAGGCUAUUCUGACGAGUUACCAAGAACAACAUGUGCUUCCAACUCAUGAGGUCCUAGUGAUAGUGAUGAUUAUCCAUUUUCUCACUUAUAUUUGUCUACUCGCUCCCAGUCAAUUGCGUCUAUACUGGCUUGAAUUCUGCAGGAGAUUGAUGACAGCUGUCCAGAUAUCGGACAGCGAUCGGAAGCUUAUUGAUGAGCUUCGCUCCAAAAUCAAGAAUGAACUAGAAUUAGUACCAGCAUACAAUGAUGAUCUCUCCCUAUUGCGAUGGCUUGUUGGAUGGGACCGUAACGUAGAUGUCGUUGUACCAAAAAUCAAGUUUUCACUUCGAGCUAUACAUGCGCUAGGAUUUGAUAAAGAAGAUUUGUCAACUUUGGAGAAGGUCACUGCAAAAUGUGAUGAGUGCAGUAAAGCGUUACAGUAUCUGCCAGGAUCGCUUUUGGGCUUCGACAAGGAAGGCAAUGUGAUCUCACUGCAGAUGAUCGGCCGGUUGGAUGCGGCAGGGCUCAUGCCAUGCACUCGUAACUCAGAUCUCUACCGUAUGCGGAUAGCUGAAAGCGAAGGUGUUAUGCAGAUUAUACGAGCGUUAGAGAAGAAAAAUGGAAAGCAAUUGGGAACCUCUGUAAUAUUCGAUCUGGAUGGGCUAAGUUUUGCCCAAGUAGAUAUGCAAGCCAUGAAAGUUGUUACCACAAUGCUAACACAGUUACAGGAAAUGUUUCCCGAUGUGAUUCGUAAGAUAUUCGUUAUCAAUGCGCCAUCGUUCAUCCAAAUACUUUGGGGAAUGAUAUCGCCUUGCCUAGCUAAGCAAACUCAACAGAAAAUAAGAAUAUUAGGAGAUAAUUGGAAAGAUAUACUGAGAGAAAACAUUGGUGAGGACGUUUUAUACGAGCAUUGGGGAGGUACUCGUAAAGCUGAAACUCCAUUUGGUCACAUUCGAACCGGUGGUAAAGUUCCUGCAGAAUUAAGGUAUGAUCCAAAUAACGAUCUACCAGCGGACAAACUGCAGAAACUUGUGAUAGGUGCUAAAUCAAUGAAUUUUGUACCAAUAACCGUAGAAGAUCACCAACCAGGACGAAAGAUUACUUGGUGGUGGCGAGUAGAAGCAAAUGAUAUAGGAUUUGUUGUAUAUCGUGCAGCUCCCGGUCAAGAAAAGGUGGCAGAGCAUGCAGACGAUUAUGUUGUUCAUCCAAAAUUCAAAUUGCAAACUGAAUUUGUUCCUGAGGAUGGUGAGAUCCUAGCCGAAGAACCAGGAGUGUAUAAGUUUGUAUUCGAUAACACACACAGUCGGAUGCGCUCGAAAACUGUGAGAUAUUGCAUAGAAGUGAAACAGUGAACCUCAUCAGGGUGUCUGUAUAAUCUUAACUGUGUUAAUAAAUGUACAAAUGUUA